AUGCCUUCUCGUCAGGUGAAGCAAAUAAGUACAGCCGGCAUGCGGGAGAUCGACAGCCCCACGAAUGAGGAGCUCGACGAUGCCAACCUGGCGCGCAUGGGAAAGCGUCCGGUGUUGAAGCGAAACUUUGGAUUGAUGUCCAUGCUUGGCUUCAGUUGUACUAUUCUUAUUACUUGGGAAGGAAUUGUCGUGCUUUUCCUGCAGGCAUACCAAAAUGGUGGUCCUGCUGGUGCUGUGUAUGGGUAUCUUUUUGUCUGGGCCGGUGUCGCAUGCACCUUUGUUGUGCUUUCAGAACUGGCAUCAAUGGCACCAACGUCGGGUGGACAGUACCACUGGUGCUCGAUGCUUGCACCACACUCCGUGAUGAAGCUAUUGAGCUAUAUUACAGGCGCUCCAGGCUGGCUCACAGUAAUCGGAUGGCAAGCCACAUACGCCACAUCAUGCUAUCUAUGCGGAACCCUCAUCCAGGGCCUAAUCGUCUUGACAAACAGCUCCUAUCAACCAAAGAACUGGCAUGGAACUCUGUUGUUCUGGGCCGUAGCGAUUUUCUCGGUUUCAAUCAACUCCAUCGGAGGAAGAGUGCUACCUCGCUUCGAAGGCUUCAUCCUCAUCCUUCACAUCCUCGGGUUUUUCGCCAUUCUUAUCCCGCUCACUUACAUGGGCGAUCACGGAACAGCAAGGGAGGUUUUCACCGAUUUUAAAAACCUAGGCGGAUUCCCUUCGCAGGGUCUCUCGUUCUUCGUCGGUAUGGUCGGGUGUAUCUUCGCUUUUGCCGGUGGUGAUGCGGCAGUUCACAUGUCCGAAGAGAUCGUGAACGCCUCAACAGCAGUGCCAACCUCCAUCAUGCUCUCCGUCCUAAUCAACGGUUCCUUGGGUUUCGGAAUGCUACUCGCCAUGCUAUUUUGCUUAGGUGACAUCGACAAGGCCCUUGGCUCAGCCACGGGCUAUCCAUUCAUGGACAUUUUCCUACAAGCUACAGACUCCGUGGCCGGAACUGCUGUAAUGGCUUCCAUCAUUACGACCAUGGGUAUCACUACCUCGGUCGGUAUGCUCGCGUCUACGUCUCGCCAAUUUUGGUCAUUUGCACGAGACCGUGGAAUCCCGGGCUGGCGUCUUUGGAGUCAGGUGCACGGCACGACCGCUGUUCCGAUCUACUCCGUCCUAUUGACAACUUGCGUUGUCUGCCUACUUGCACUCAUCAACAUUGGAUCAUCCGUUGCUUUCAACGACUUAGUCGCUAUGUCUAUUUCCGGCCUUUACCUAUCAUAUAUGGUCGUGGCCGGUCUCCUGCUCUACCGCCGCUGCACAGGUGGCAUCAGUAACGCCCGAAGCAGCGAUCACGGACUCGUCAAUGUCCCAGGAUCGGUAUGUGCCUGGGGUCCAUUCCACCUCCCAGGUAUCGCGGGUAUUGCUGUCAAUACCUUCGCAUUGAUUUAUAUGACCAUUGCCGUGUUCUUCAGUUUCUGGCCUCCGUCAUGGGCUGUCACCGUGCAGUCUAUGAACUUCAGUGUGGUUGGUACUUUUGGUGUGAUUUUUCUCAGUUUGAUCUAUUAUGCCGUGCGAGCUCGUCAUGUCUAUGAUGGCCCGAUCGUGGAGAUUGAUUGA